AUGGAAACAUUGCAGAGGAACAGGAAGGAUCACUGAUGAAAACGACGGCGACUUUGUGGAAGGCAGGAUACGGAGCCAAGAGAUUUGCUUCCUCUUCCGAGUCACCUAAGUUACACACUAAUGGUUCACUGCAAAAGCUCUUAUCCCCAUCUGCCGCACACAAUUCCCUCACUGAUGAUCACAAGGGUCUCUGCCGUGUUCUUGAAGCUUGUAGAAUUUCUAAGCAUUUUAAAACUGCGGCUAAAACCCACGCCAGAGUUAUUGUACUUGGAUAUGGAACCUACCCGUCUCUUGUAGCAUCUCUGAUUUUGACGUAUGCGCGUCUCCGUCUCAAUCAUAUUACCCAUCAAGUUGUAGAUUGUGUUUUAUGUUCAUCUGCUGAUCUGUUCACCAUGAACUUAUUAAUAGAAAGCAUUAUGAAAGCUGGGGAAUGUCAUAUUGCCAAGAAGGUGUUCAACAAAAUGCCUGUUCGAAAUGUGGUCUCGUGGAACUCCAUGAUUGGAGGCUAUGUGAAGAACUCACGAUUCAGUGACGCGAUGAGGCUUUUCAGGGAGAUGCUAAGCUCGGAGGUUGAACCUGAUGGGUUCACAUUUGCUUCCAUGAUCACCGGAUGUGCACGCCUAGGUGCUCUCAGUUAUUCUGAAUGGGUGCAUAAUUUGAUGAUCGAGAAAAGAUUAGAACUGAACUAUAUAUUGAGUUCGGCAUUGAUUGACAUGUAUGCAAACUGUGGCAGAAUCAAUGUGGCUAGAGAACUUUUUGAAAGCGUCAGGCGCGAUGACGUUUCUGUUUGGAACUCAAUGAUUAAUGGGUUGGCAACUCAUGGACUUGCUUUGGAUGCAUUUGCACUAUUUUCAAGGAUGAAGAUGGAAAACGUUUACCCUGAUUCAAUUACCUUCAUCGGGAUUCUUGCAGCUUGCAGCCAUUGUGGUUUGGUUGAAGAGGGUCGCAAAUACUUCAAUUUGAUGCAAAGUUAUUUCUCGAUUCAGCCACAACUGGAGCAUUAUGGAGCCAUGGUCGAUCUCUUGGGGCGAUCAGGGCUCUUAGAAGAGGCCUAUGCUAUUAUUAAGGAGAUGCCAAUGAAGCCAGAUGUUGUUAUCUGGAGGGCACUUCUUAGUGCUUGUAGAACACAUAGAAAGAAGGAACUAGGCGAGAUUGCCAUCUCAAAUAUAUCCCGUAUAGAGAGUGGAGAUUAUGUGUUGCUGUCAAAUAUGUAUUGCUCUUUAAACAAGUGGGAUAGUUCGGAGAGAGUGAGACACUUGAUGAGAAUGGGAGGAGUUCGGAAAAUCCGAGGUAAGAGUUGGAUUGAGUUAGGAGGCACAGUUCAUCAAUUCAAGGCUGCUGAUAAGUCACAUGCCGAGAUAAAAGCGAUUUACAGAGUGCUGGAAGGUUUGAUCCAAAGGGCUAAGUUGGAAGGUUUCAUGCCAUUGACUGAACUGGUUUUGAUGGAUGUUUCUGAAGAGGAGAAGGAGGAAAAUUUAAGUUUUCACAGCGAGAAGUUGGCAUUGGCCUAUGGGAUCCUGAAAAGUAGCCCGGGAACAGAAAUCAGGAUUUGGAAAAACCUUCGUAUCUGUCAAGACUGUCAUAGUUUGAUGAAAAUCUCGUCGAGGGUUUUGAACAGAGUAAUACUUAUGAGAGAUCGUAUCCGUUUUCACCACUUUGAAGGUGGUUUGUGCUCUUGUGGAGACUACUGGUAGCUAUAGCUAAAGAGAGUUGAUUUCACAGAAUUCCCUACAAAGUUAUACAAUGGUAUUCGGUGAAUGAAGGCAAAAUCCUCGGGCAUCUAAUGAAUGAGAAUUGUCAGCACUUAUGCACAAGCAGCAAAAUCUUGUUCAUAUGGCAAUGAUGAUUGAUGAGGCAGUGAGGCCUGGUUAGUCGGAUUCUCCAUGCCAUGAGAAUCCAUCAAGAAUAUCUGCCCACUAGCUCAUAGUUAAAGCUGGGAAUUCAGUCGGGUCGAAAGAGGCCUGACUCACUGAAAAAACCUGAAUAGCGAAGUUCGGUCCGAAUUCCUUAGAGCUACAGGUGGGCUGAAUACCUGAAUUUUAUUUUUAAAAUUAUUUUUAAUUAAUUUUGUACUUUAAAAUUAACUAUCUUAUUUUAUAAAAUAUAUUUUUUUGAUAUUUAAAUGAUA